GGGACCUUCACCUUCUUCGUGUUACCUCUUGACUCUAGAGCAAUUCUAGACUACCUAGGUAUUCAUCAUUUCCAGCUGCAACCAUUGCCACAAUGUCGGACAAAUACUCCUUUAAAAAUUCCCUUUGGUCGUUUUAUCAACCUGAACGGUUUUCUGUUCUUGUUUUUGCGACAUAUCAUCUACCAAAGGAUCAUAGUUUCGAUUCGUCUUUUCGUGGCGCGCCGUCGAUCCAGCGACUAUUUGGAUAUCUUCGACAUGCCAAGUUUCCAAUGACAUUUUGCUUUUCACAGUCCCGACAAUGAGGUUUGCCGCGAGAGCCACGAUCUGGGUGGUUGGUACCUACCUCAGCCAAGCGCCACUACCCAUCGGAAUAGCGAUGAUUCAGAGUUGAAACUUUUUUUUCGCCUCUCGCUUUUCCGAUCGAAACCCCCGAAACAGCAGCCAAAAAUUAUUAGGUGGGAGAGACAAGGCUGGGGUGACUGAUCAUCUCAUCAAGAGCAAAAGCUUGCUUACCUAAGUUAGGUAGCAACUAAAACUACGUCGGUACCGUACCAUACCUUACGGACCUGCCGCAAUUGUGCUGCAAGGCACACCAGCUGCAUAAGGUAAAGGGUGCAAUGCAUCCUGCAUGGUCCCUUCCGACUGAGACUCGACCUCGUUCUCGUUCUCGUGUGCCUGUAGCAUGGUGUAGCACACCUGCCUUGGCUUGUGAUACCUUCACAAAACACACAAAACGGCAGACGGACGUUUUUUCUCUACAAAAGCUUGACGAAGAAAAAAAAAAAAAAAAAGAAACUUUCAGUCGUGUUUCCAUUGUCCGCCUGUCUAUGAUCAUUUUGUUCGGUCAAGUUGCCACAUCGGUCUGGUACCUCACCUAGCGCCUCGUACCGUCUGCAUCUAUGUCUCGCGAUCUUGGAGCGGCCGAGAUACAAGUGCCCAUAGUCAAACAAGAGUUAUCCACAGUUUUGGCUCUAGCUAAGAUCGUCAAGGCUUUCUUUUUCACCGCCUCAGAAACCAUUGAGGCUGUGACGUACCCACCUGCGGCUCUUACGAAUAGCCACACUUAGGCAGUGUAGCUAUGAGCAUAUUGUACAGCGUAACCUGACAAUCUAGGUAGCUUGCAAGCAUACGUACCUACCUACUGUUCUCAGCUACCUCCGUUAUCUACACAAAGCACAUGGACGGAUGAAAGGAUGUACGAAUGGCAACCCGAUGAUGCUACCCAGAAACCACAAGCAACCUAAACACCCACCCACUGUACGUCUGGUCGACCCUAAGCUCAACCAUAAUACCUUGAGUUAGGGUUGUACAGGUUACCACCUUGAAGCACCCUCAUCAUGCAAGCAGCCAUGCAACCGCCCACCUUAUUCGGCAUGUCCUCGAGACCACCCCAGGUGAGGCAAUCUACCUCUUUCAAGCUCCGUCUGCCGAGUUUCGGACCUCUUUGAGUUCUCAAUGAGGCCACCCUCCCUCUUCUCCGCGUUUCACAGAGGCCGAGUGAGGGGCGCUGGGUUGAAGAUUCAAGACAAAUCAGAGGCGCCUCUAGCUGCCCACGGCUGGCUUGAUCAUGUUGCAAAAGGCCACAUGUUGGCGGCAGGCACAGAUAUUUUUGUCCCUGACGGGGGAUUGGCGUGCUGGAUCAACGGCCUACUAGAUCUAGUCUAGUCCGGGGUCUAGCUGUCAGGCCUACCUAGCUAGCGUCAAGCCGUCCAGCACCUACUAGUUUACACAAGUUGCAAUUCUGACAAGCCUGCCACGGACCUUGCGGCUUUAUCUUAUUUCUUGGUCUAAUUCGAUUCCUUGAUACUAACUGUGCCUAAUUGACGUACCUCAUUGCACUACACGUGUCUCAGCCCGCGGCCGCACCCCUACCAGAAAUCGUUCCUCAGCCGUGCCACUGCACAAAACCCAAGGAUGCAGCGCCUUAGUUGCUCUCAGCUUGUAUUCCUGGGAGCAGACAGAAACAAUAGAGUGAACAAAAAAAAAGGUUCCCCGUUUCCCGUGGUCCUGUGGACUAGCAACGGGCCACAGGGCGUUAAACUGGCCGCGUGCCUGAGUGUGCCGUGUCAGACCCCAUCGUGCAAGCCUUCUUCUUGUCCUUUUUUACUUUUACUUUUGUGGAUAGAUGUCUGGAGCACAAAACUAUCUACAUCGGAUCCCAAUAUUAUAAAUGAUUUCUCCAUGCCCGGAUCUAUUCCCAUGAGAGAAGUAACAUGAGGGAGGCGCUCGCAAAUCUUCAAUCCUACAACCCGGCCCGAGUUCGACGAUACUGCGACGACGCCAUUCAAGUCGCUAUCGUUACACAAGACAUAAACUGCUGUAGCAAACGCAGCAGGAACCCGUCUUUAUAUUGAGCUGCGCAUCAUCCUCGUUCUAAUGGUCUAGUCUUUUCGGUGUGCUAUGUGAACCGGACAUCCCUCGCCGAAUUAAGAAGACCACGAGAACCAUCAUAUCCGGAUUCGACGCAGGUGGUUUUCUGCCCCGACUGCUCUGGACACGAAAUUCGCUGCUCAAUCACACCUUCACGCUACAUCAUACCACGCCACACAGUCAUUCUUCAGGAUCUUGCUAUAUUCGACGCAAUGGGGCGCAACUUUCCUGAGCUGCUGGUCAAGGACUUGAAGAACUCGGCAUCAAUGUUCACCUCCAGGCACAUUUCAUCAGGUCCUCCAGAACCAACUCUACUUGCCGAGGAACCGGAAAUACACGACGACUGCCCCGAUAUGUCAAGAUCAGAUAGGCCCCCAUCUUGCUACCAACUGCCUAAACUUAAAAGAUUAUCUGCCGUGGUCCCCAAUCUUGACCCGGCGACGUGGCUAUUCGAACAGGACAUAGAACCGGCAUCAUCCACAAGCAGUGAAUCAUCGAGAUCCUCAUUUGAGAUGGAAUCAAUUCCCACGCGGCCUCGCCAAGAGUCCGUAAUAACGAACGGUGCAAUCACCUCCGACAGGUCGUCUAUGAGCAACUCGGACGCCUCAAAAAGUUUGGUGAAUCAUGACCGCCUCCGCCAAAAGAGCUGGGUAGACCUGGACACCGACUCAACCGACAGCGAGGGAGGCAAAUUAUCUUUGGAAAAAAAGGGAAGCAUUUCUCAGAAUGCCAGAAAAUUCAAAAAAUCGCCAUCACUUAGCGGACAUGGGCAAGGCACACGACGCUUUUUUGCUCUUCAGCAGCCCCGAUCUACAGAGAGGGGUAACGAGGAGCAGUCCAGCCCAAAGAAAAAUACGACUGAACUGCAAUCGAGCAUCAAGAAGACACCAAGUUCUGUCGGCAGGCGGACUGAAGACUCGGCAGCAGGGAAAGGUAGCCUGCUCUCGAACAGAAGAGCAUCUGUAGUCCGCACCCUGUCACAUAUAGACACAAGCCUAGGCUCGCCGAACAACAGCAACAACAACAACAACAUCAACAAUAUGGAGUUCCCAUCACCAGUCUGGCGUUCACAUCAAGAUUUGCAGCAAGGACCGCCCAUUCCGCUUCCGCCGGACGUUCUCGAGACGCUUACGGUGUGCACAUCUUCUUUCCCAGAGACCAUGUUGCUAUGCUCCAGCCUAUCCGUCGAGACCAUCAGGACAUACUCACGGAAGAUCAAGCGGCCUGACUCUCCGGAAACCAGCGAGGCCCGCAAGCUUCUCCUCGAUGGUUCCGCUCCUAUUCACCCAGCCCUCCCGCCAACACCACCUCAAUCGGCGGGCUUCUCCCGCUGGCGCUUCUCUAGCAUGUUGUCGCCGAUGAAGUCGACCGCCUCGUUUAUGUCGUCUAGCAGCGGCAACAGCAGCAGCAACCACGGUGAACAGCCACGGUACUCGACAGAAAGCAAUACAUCGCGCACCGGCAGGCGGUCAUCCAAGACCCAGGCUGGCCGCGGUAGCCCCGCGCCGGCCCAUCCGGACUUUGCACGCUUCAAGUCCAUCUUUCCGGGUGUGGCAGAUUAUCUCUGCGAUGCGCUCUAUGCGCACAUUGUUGUGUACAACUACAUAGUCCUGUUCUGCGGCCCUGCGAGCUUCUCUCCCAAACCGUCUCGGGCCUCUAGCCCACGCUCGGCGACGAUAGCCGAUUUCUCCCCGGCUCCGGCGCCACGAGUUCAAAGCAGCAGCAGCAGCAGUAGCAGUACCACAAACACCUCCACCACCCCUACCACCACCGGCAACUCUUCACCAAGCAAGCAAAACCACAAGGUCCCAAAGAAGGCCGCCCACGUCCUUGGCAUCGCCAGGCCGGUCACGACGGUAAUGUCCUCGCCACGGGCCACAGACGCCUUCCAUGCUCAUCUGGCCGAGGCGACGCGGGCAUCUCUGGUGCGUGUUAGCGCCACGGACCUGGAGAUUGUCGACGUCGGGCCCAAAAAGACGAGUAACGGCAACGCCUCGUCCCCGCAAAAGAUUCCGCGCAAGCAGUCCCGCAGCGAAGACGACGGCGCGGCCGAGCAGGACGACCAUGCGCCGCUGCGCCCGCUCAGGGACGCCCUGGGCUCGUGCAUCGUCCGCCUCAUCAAGACCAUGAUGCUCAUGUCCUCGUCCCCUUCGUCUUCCGCUUGCUGUCCCAACGACGACGAGAUUGACAUCGCGCCCGAGGGCGGCAGGGUCGGCGCCUCGGACCCCGUCGACACUUUGCUCGUGCGGACGCUCUGCGAGAUGGUCAAGUGCUGCGAGGAGGUUGACUAGAAGGGAGAAGAAUGUGGCAUUAUGAGGGGUAGUACAACCAACUGUCCCUGCAUUUCCCAGGGUUCCCCUCGGCGCCCACGAGUGCCGUGUCACGGGCACGGGUGCCGCCUGAGAACCCUAAUGGGAGGGAGCUCCCUGCCAGCGGCUUCAACUGUUCAGCGUCCGCCGCGGGUGGGUU